AUGAAUAUUAAAUAAUUAGCAACAAAUUUCGAUGUUCUAUAUAGAAGGGUAAAUGAUAGAAGCAAAGUAACAGAAGUAAUGUUGGGAUAGCUUUUUGAGAGAUCAGAAGCUGAAGAGAAGUAUCAUAAGGCUUUGGAAAAAAUAAGUGGAUAAAUGUAAAAUGGUGGAGGAGACAUUGACGAUUUAGUUAGAGGAGUGAAAGUAGAUCUAAAUUAGAGAGCCCAAUACUAUAAGGUAUAUGGGUAUUUGUAACUAAGCAAUUUAAUUAAUCGUAUAAGCAUGAUGUAGAGUAAGCAAUCAAUGAGUUAAGAUAAAUCCAAAGUUAAUUCAAGCCACUUAUUCAAGAUGUAUUGAAAAUGGAUAAAGAAAUCAAAAUUACAUGUGAUAAGUAUGAUCGUCAAAAAGAAAAGACUGUUAGAGCAACAAAAGAUUAUGAAGAAUCAGCAAUUACAUUAGAAGCAAUGUUUUGGAAUAAAGAAUGCAAUAUAGAAUAGAGAUCAAAAGCUUAACACAGAUUAAAUUCAUAAUUAUAAUAUAAGUAAGAGAAUGAAUCCGCAUUAAGAUAAGCAGCUUCAAUUUAUAAUUAAGCUGUCUCAUCUUAUUGUUCUGCUUUAUAAAAUGGAAUAUAAGUAUUAACUAAAUAAUACAAUCAAAUAUUUGCUAUUGCUAAAGUAUUUCAAUAUUUAAUUAGGAUAUUGUUAUGAAGAUAUUAGUUUAUGAAAUUUCCAAAACUAGAAAUCUAUAAUAUGAUAGCGAGCAAUUCUUUAAAUAGGCUGAAAUAUAUUUAGAUCCAUAAAAUGAUCCUAUUGCUCCAGGACCUUCAAGCUAAAUUGGAAUUUCUAAAGAAAAUUAUUUAAAAGUUAAUCUUCAAACUAAUUCUUCAUUUUUAAGAAAUAUUGCGGAUUAAAUCUCACUUGGUCGUGGGUUAAACAUUAAAAGAGAAACUAAUCCAUCUUCUGCUUAAAUUGAAAAUUUAGAAUCUUUUGAUAUUUAUUUAAUCAAUUAUGAAUUUAUUGAUGAUUUAAAAGGAGUAACUAUUAAAUUAAUUGGAAAAGUUAAUAAUAAAAAUAAACCUAAAAAUGCAGAUGAAUAAUCUGCUGGUGUUCAAUAAAUGGUAAAUAAAUAUAAAAAUCAAUAUGGCGAAUAGCAACUUGUUAAUAUUUAUAGCUUUAUUAAAUAUGUUAUAUAAUUAACUUAAGAAUAAUAAAUUAAAGGUUGGAAGAACAUCCCUGAAUUAUAAAAAUCUAAUUUAGAUGACUUCUUUGAUUAAAAAUUCUUUAGAGAAUUAGGAUGUAUCAUUUUAGAAUCUUUUCGACAAGCUGGGUAUAUUAUAAUAUUAUUUUUAGAUGCUCCAAUUUAAAUUAAUAUGGAUUUAAAAAUAUUCAUAUAUUCACUCAAAAAUUAUUGGAGACUUCUUAAAAAGAAGGUGAAUUAAUUUUAGUCAAAAGAAUUAUCACUAUGAUAUCAACAAUCUAUACUAUAGACGAAAAUGAAAAACGAUUUUUCUUGUAAGAUAGCUUAAUCUCUUUACAGAUAUGGAGAUAAAUUGAUUUAUGGGAAGGAUUAAUUUUUACAACAAUAGAAGCUGAAAUUGAUAAAUCUCCAAUUAAAGAUACAUCUCAAUUUACAAAUGAAUAAAUAUUUAAGGAUAAAAAUGUAAUAUAUUCUAAUUUAUUGACUUUAACCUUGAAUAUGAUUAAUUUUAAGUACAAUAUAAUAUUAAACUUAUAGAGUUGAUAAAUAAGAAAUUAAAAAUGUUUUAAUUAAAUAUGCAAGAGUAUUUUAACUUUUUGACCUCCAAUCUUAGGAAUUAAUUAAAUUUGCUGAAAACGACGGUAAAAUUGAACCAAAUCAAAAGGUUAAUUCUUUAUCUGUUUUACAAUCAUUAUAUUAAUAGCCAUAAAAUACUUAAAUAUAAUAAGGAAGUCUGGUUUAGAAAAAAGUAGUUAUAUUUGAUAAAAAAAACCCAUUAUCUGCUAACCCUAACAUUAAUGUUUAAAAGCCAAGCAGUAAUUAAGUUUACUUUGGUUCUGAAACUCCUACAAGAGAAGUAGUUUAAUCUCAAUCAUCAAUUUAACCAACCAUUAUAUAAUAAUAAACAUCCUCAUAAUAAUAGAUAAUUAUUUAAUAAACCUAAAAAGAACAAUUAUAACAAUAAUAAUAGUAAUAAAAUUAAUAAUAAAUUUAACAAUAAUAAUAGUAAUAAUUACAAUAGUAAUAAUAAUAAUUACACUAAUAAUAAUAAUAAUAAUAAUAAUAAUAAUAAUAAUAAUAAUAAUAAUAAUAAUAAUAAUAAUAAUAAUAAUAAUAAUAAUAAUAAUAAUAAUAAUAAUAAUAAUAAUAAUAAUAAUAACAAUAAAAGACAUCUUAAAACUCCCCAACAACUUAAUAAUAACAGCCAACAUCUCCAUAAAUUUUUUAACAAUAAUCAACUCAAUAGGAAUAGGAUUAACCGAAAAUUAGAUAUAAUCAGCAUCCUUUAGAAGUACCUAAAGCUAAUUUUUUAAAAAAGUUGCCGUGA